GCCAGACUUAAACCCAACCAUGUUCUGCUUUUAAGGACUGCUUCACAACAAGCUGCCAGAGUGAUGAAACAAAAAAUCUCAAGCAGGGAAAUGAAGAGCUUUAAUCUCUUCUCUUGGUAAUAAAUCAUGUGUGAAAGGAAGCCACAGUGAGAAAAUGGCUUCUCACAAGUCAAAGAUAAAUGUUACAAAGGCGGCAGAGGAAUCCAGUCCAGUGGAUGAAUAUGUCACACCUGGGGGCUAUGAGCUGGAGAAAAUCCUUAACCGUGGGAGUGUGGCUUAUACUCAUGUCAACGAGGUCUGGCCUAAUGUCUACAUUGGGGACGAGCAAACGGCAAAGGAUAAGUAUAAGCUGAAGAAGCUGGGAAUUACCCACAUCUUGAAUGCAGCUGAGGGGACGUGGAACAGCGUGGAUACAGGAGCUGGUUACUAUGGUGACAUGGAUGUUGUCUACUAUGGCGUGGUGGCGGAGGACGUCCCAGCGUUCGACCUCAGCCAGUACUUCUUCUCCGCUGCCAAGUUCAUUGAGAAAACACUGAGCAAUCCUCAGAAUAAACUCCUGGUUCACUGUGUGAUGGGCAGGAGUCGGUCCGCGACCCUUUUCCUGGCCUACCUGAUGAUCUGUGAGGACAUGACUGUGGUGGACGCCAUCGAACAUGUGAAAAAGCGCAGACGGAUCAUCCCAAACUGGGGCUUCCUCAAACAGCUGAGAGAAUUGGACAUGCAGCUGCAGGAGAAGAAGAAGGAUGGAUCUGAGUAGAGGUGUUUUUAGGACCCCUGGGGGCAGUCCAGGUCAGAUGCCCAAUGUAAACACAGUCCAACUCCAGUCAAAAACCCAGGACAAGUCUCAGGUUCUGUAGGCCAGGUGUCAAAAAGGACAGGUCAAGUCUUAAACCAGUCAGGAUUGUUAAUCACAUCAAGUGUUGAGUGGAAUAUAAUGCUUUACAUCAAGUCUUCUAUAAUAUGACAAUUCUAAAGGUUCAAGUCUCACAGGUGAAGUCAAGUCAAGGUCAAAGGUGACAAGUCCCUUAGAAAAGAACUGAAAAGAGAAACCAAGUUGUAAAACUAAUAUCCGACAACUCCAAAUGUAGUUUUCAGUCAUUAGAGAUCAUUCUGUGCUUAAUCUGGUGUAACUCUGAAUCUAAUUGAGUCUUUUUGAGAAAUAAGAGGUGAAAAGUCUGCAUGACGCCCUCAUCAGGUAUUGGAGUUCUAGUAAAAUGAUAAAAUAAUCUGUGUAAACUUUCAUUUCUUCACAAACUGUACUAUAUUUUUUAAAUAAAAUAAGUCGACAAGUCUUUUCAGUGCAUGUGGCUAAUAUUUACAUAUUCAGUCUCAGUGAAUUUGUGUUUUAUAUAUCCUCCUGAGACCCU